UUCUAGAAAAUCUAUGAGACAGCGUAUUUCGCAAGGGGUUUUGGGAGGUCAAUUUGUAGUUAAAAAGCCUCUGUUUAGUUAUUUCCGCGCAGAGGCUUUGGAAGCUUUCAAAAGUUGUGGGUGUUCCAUGUUCGCAAUUUGAUAAUGCGAGAAACUUAGAAUAGUAAUAAAACUGCUUCAUAUUAGUUAUUUUUGAUAGUUUUUUCUUCCUUUUUCGGCCUAUAAUACAAAAAUUGUCAAAAAUGCAUUACAUACAAAUGAUUUGCAUAUAUCGGCAAUGCUCAACCCAUUUGAAAUUUCCAGCUUGCUGGUGCCAGUUCCUUAAUUAGAAAAUUCAGUGUGCUUGCAAAAACUCAGCGUGCAAUAUGUCAUAUAUUUUCAUGCAAGAAGCUAAAUAUGUGGGUGACCUUCCUAUAUAGAACAUCCACACUCUAAAAGUUGUGGGUGCACUGACACCCACGGCUUCCCAAGCCCCUGAUUUCACGCGUCAAACAACUUGUGAAAGGGAUUAAGAGUUUAGUGGUUUAAUUAAAUCAGGAUUAAAUCACCAUUGAAAUUUGAGUCGUGUUGAUAGGUUUCCAUAGUUACCGCAUACUUCGCAUUCGGAGUUGCAUCUGCGACUUAGUCGAGUAAUGUGAGGGGAAAACGCCGUUGUUUUUGUUGAACCGACUGAACGAGGUCAAAAAUUAAAAGAGAAGCAGAAACCUAAAUACAACUGACUAUCAUUCACUCAUAAAGAGGCCGAAAUUGAAGAUAACAAUUCGACAGAGAAACGAAGAUUUGGAAACUGAAACAGGGAGGUCAUAAGAUCAAGGCAAAAUAAUCUCUAUACAACAAUGUCUAGCGACGAAAGACAGGGAAACCAUGAAUCUAUUUUAUCAGUCAACUCCGUACUUCUCGGCAUGCUCAUGUUAUUCACGACCUUCGGCAAUUUCAUUCUACUCAUGUCCAUUUGGAAGAACAAACGACUUCAUAAAGUCACGCAUAUGAACACGGCGAGUUUGAUGCUCGCCAACUUCAUUCCCGGACUUAUCAUUAUCCCACUGAGGAUCGCGAGAUUGUGGCAUGAAAAUACUGGCAAAAUGAAUGAAGAAGCGACGUUGUGUCGUGCAUAUCUUACGACAACGUUGCUAUGGUGCAUCGCCACCAUAUUGACGUUGGUCUCGCUCAGUUUCGAUCGCUAUAUUGCGAUUUCCAGACCGGAGAAAUACAAUCGCAUGCUUACGCAACGCAAUACGGGCCUUCUCCUGCUCAUAUGUUGGUGCUUCGCCAUUUUGCUGGCAUUUGUAUCGUUACGUCAUUCUGAUGGCGUCAUCAAAAUGUUCACCUGCAACUUUAACUUGCUGCGAAAGGAAAACUAUGUUUAUCUCCUAAUAACAGUCGAGGUUAUCCCGCUGAUAUUAAUGUUCGUUAUUCAUUACCAAAUCACGAAAUUAUCGGCAAAACAUGUACAGUCUAUUGGCGUUGUAGACUCACGUUUUACCGACUACAGGGAAAUUUCUCUCGACUUCCAGUCAGAGAUACGCUGGUCUCGAAUCGUGAUUCUUAUCAUACUGCUGUACGUAUUAAUGUGGGCACCAAGGUGUAUCUACCUUCUGGUGGAUGAGAAUUCGAUGUCAACUAACAGCGCUGACGCAUUUGACGUUUUGACUGAGGUAGUGACGUACAGUUUCGCAGGACUAGUGCCUUUAGUACUGGUGCAUUUUAACAGUGAAGUGAGAGAUGAGUUUUUCAGGAUUUUAAUGCCGUACCAAUGGUUCCAAAGAACACACGGAGUUGGUAAGAAGUACAAAAAGAACGCGGUAACGCCACUUGACACGACAACUUUGUGAUGUCAUGAUGGCAUGACGUCAUGAUGGUGUGAUGUCAUAAUGCUAUGAUGCCAUGAUGUUGUGAUGUCGGAUGAUGUCAUGAAUAUGUCAUGUUAUGAUGUCACUAUAUCAUGAUAUCAUUACGUAAUGAUAUCAUGAUUCACGAAGAGUUGAAAGAUGCUCAGACUCAACAGAAGAACAAACAACGUUCAAACGCUUUAGCCAAAACAUGGGAAACAUGUGAGCAAAUUUAGAUGCAUGGUCGAGUCAUGUCAUUGGAAAAAAAACACGCAAAAGCGACGAUUAUUUAGCAAUUCUAUACGACGGUAAAGGCUUUCUACAAAACCGUCUUAAAAAUAUUUUAGUUAAUUUAUAAUGGAUUAUGUAAUGAUGAAAAUAAGCGCAUUGAUAUUAAAAAGUCAUAUUUCAAAACGAGAAA